CACGUGUCGCUGGCUUCCACCCUCCUUUUUUGUGGAAUUCUUAUCCCCCCCCCAAGAAAGCACGCGUGCCGGGGGCUUCUACCCUUCUUUUUCUAAAUGGCUUCUUUAUAAGUUCUUAUUUUUCCUAAGGCAUCCUUAAACUAUCUUCUUUAUCCUAUUAUACCUACUCAUAUCAGAAAUUGUCCCUUAGGGACAACAGGUUGUUAGAUUCUUUGCACCAAAGGACCACUUGCAUAAUACAAUAGAACAACUUUUCAUUUAGGCGACAAAACUUCGCCAAGAUUGGCUGCGAAAUAUUGUAAAUUACGGAAAAUAUGGCUCGCGAAGAGAAUACAAGAUCAUAUAAAGUUGGUCUAUUCUGCAAGAGGUCCAUUCUUGAAAAUAGAAAGGUCUGACCAACCGCAGUCUAAGAAGUUGAAGGCUCGUCAAUAAAGAAUCUCAAACUUCAUCGACUUUAUCAAAUUUCACAAUCAUGUUGCAUUCAAAAGAGAGCAUCUGGCAGCUGUCGCUCUGACCAAUGGCUUGGCAAAAUAAUAUUACAACAAAGAAACGAAUGUACGUAACUUGUGUUCGUAUAAAAAGAGAAGGAUUUGCAGCUAGACCAAGUCAUGACCGAACCGAUCCCUUCAAUGGCCUGUGCUAUUCGUCGUGAGGCAAUGAGAUUUGAGAGCCUUCACCAAACUUUAGAUAAACUAUACAACAUUCUCCAAGAAAUUGAUAAUAUUCCUGUGAAGAUUCAUAUGCGGGAGCUGGUGAAUAAUAUCGAAGAUUGCUUCCAGAAUAGCCCAGAAUUCAAUGCAGUAAAGCCAUCUUCUGAUUCUGAAUUAAAGUUGGGUGUAGUUGGUAGCAUAACCUCUGGCAAAUCAGCAUUAAUUCAUCGAUAUUUGACUGGUGAAUGUCCUAAAGAGGAAAGACUAAAUGGAUGCCAUAAGAAGGAAGUACUUGUUGAUGGUCAAAGUUACCUUUUACUGAUGAGAAACGAAACUGGAUCACCAGAAUCUCAGUUUGUGUAUUGGUUGGAUGGUCUAAUGUUGGUAUUCAAUAUUGAUGACGAGCUUAGUUCGAGUGUUUUACCCAGUUAUUUUUCGAGAAUGUCCAACUACAGAGAUUUAUCGGACAUUCCCAUCUUCUUAGUGGGGAUUAAAGAACAUGGAAAAAACUGUGCACCGAGUCCAAAUCAUCAUUGCAGUCAAAUUAGAAGACGCUUGAACGAUGUAAAUAACUUUACUUAUAUCGAAGUUUGUCUGGAAACUGGAGAAAGUGUAAACCAAAUGUUCCAAUUAGCUUCAGAGAAAAUGGCAAACAGAGAUUCUGCAGUACUAACAUCAUAUGAUACCUUGCUAUCACCACCAUCAGCAACUGAAGGGCGACCUACAUCUGUUAGUUCAACAAUGAGCAGUGGUAGUUCAAGAACAACUGACACUGUUAGUCCAUCGUCAACACCUUCAUCAAAGGGGAGGACAACACGAAGAAGAACUGUUAUUUUUGGAAGUAAAACUGAUAAGGUCAAAGAUGAGAUUGAUGGAGACCAGGAAAUUGGACCAGGACGUUUCAUUCCUGUCAAACAGGGAAAUCUUUUGAAAAGAGCUACAAAUUCGCUAAAUAAAGAAUGGAAAAAGAAAUUUGUGGUUCUAAGUGAGGAAGGAGUUCUGACGUACUACCCCUCAGUGAAUGAUUACAUUGGAAAUGUUCACGGUAAACAUAUAUUUCUUAAACAAUCGACGGUGAAAAUUCCUGGGAAAAUACCUCCCAUCGCGACGUUGCCAGGAAGGACGGCGGCGCCAAAACUUGGAAGCCCGGGAGUGAACCGAACACAAUCCCUAGAAGAUGAAAUACUUCAAAAUCAUACGGUGAAAGAGAACGGAUCUUUAGUCAUAUCGAAUGAUUUUCUAACUCAGGAGAAUGAAACUGAAAUGAAAUCAGGAUUAUCGAGCACGGCAAAUCAUGCUAUGGCCGCUGUAACACCAACAGCGAUAAAAUCCAAGCCUGAAUCAAUAAACAGAAGCGAGUCGAUACCUCGAAAACGAGGUCGGAAUCGGCGGAAUAACAAACACACGAAAUCGUGUGAGCUUGACUUUAGUAAUUUUCCCGAGGAAUUACAAAAGAGUUUAGCGAAGGCAGCAAACGGUACUAACGAGUCAAAUUCAACCAUGACAACCCCUUCAACAACUCCGGCGACAACUCCUGCAACGACCCCUGCGACAACGCCGUGUGACGGUAAAGAAAGGAAGUGGCCAACUGUCACCCCAGAGGGCCGUAUAGACUCGAAUACUCUUCCCGGAAAUAGCAGUAAAAGGAAAGGUCAUCGGCGAUCGAAAAGUCACGGGACAGCAAAGAUGAUGGUCGCGAAUGAUACUUCUAAGAUAGAUACACGGAACGGUCACGCAGAGGAAUACGAGUUUAAAAUUGUCUCGCUCGAUGGUAAAUCGUGGAAUUUCGCUGCCCCGUCGCAAGAGGAGAGGGAAAAAUGGGUUCUAGUAAUCGAAAAACAGAUACUCACAUGCCUUCAGUCAAACCCGAGUGGCAGAGAUAAGAUCAAUAGCAGUUCAUCGUCAGAAAGUGAUCUUCAGCCAAUUCGUCUUGUGAAUGGAAAUAAUGUUUGUGCUGACUGUGGAGAGCCCAACCCUGAUUGGGCUACGCUAAACCUGGGUGCUUUAAUAUGCAUAGCCUGUUCUGGAUUGCAUAGAAAUCUUGGGACACACGUUUCCCGAGUUCGUUCGCUUGAUCUCGACCAAUGGCCAUCGGAACAACGUGCAGUAAUGUUGUCAAUAGGAAAUACGUUAGCAAACAGUAUUUGGGAAGCUCGGGCUAAACCAGAAGCUAAACCUAAACCGUUAUCACCAAGGGAAGACAAGGAGAUGUGGAUACGAUCAAAAUAUCGGAAUAAAGAAUUCCUCAAACCAUUACCAACUUCUAAGCAGUCUUUAGGGCAGCGGUUAAUUAAAGCUGUUCGUAAGGACGAUCUUAGCCAAGUGAUCCUAUUACUAGCUCAUAGUGAGAGAAAAGAUGUGAACGAAAGAGAAGACGAUGGUUUAAAAACUUCGCUUCAUAUUUCUUCAUCGAAGGGAAAUGUCGUUUUAACGCAAUUACUGAUAUGGUACUUUGCAGACGUGACCUUGACCGACGGCAAUGGACGAACUGCAUUGUGGUACGCACGAGAAAGCGGUAGUAGGGAAUGUGAAGAAAUAUUGAGAUGUCAAGAUACGGGUCGUUCUUUGUCAUGUAGUGGCUCUUCCAAUAAUAGUAGCGAUCUAACAUCAUAGACUUAAAAUAUUUAUAUCGAGGGAAUUAAAGUCAAAGUAUCGUAGUGCAAUUUGCAAAGUACCCUUUCAAAAAACUGAGUCAAGGAACUUAGCAUCAUAUGUUGUAACUGCCUAAAAUAGACAAAAACACCUCUCGACCUGGGGCCUUCGUCAGGAGAGUUAGUAUGACUAACUAAUAACUCUCAUACUAACUCUCAUACAAACUCUCCUGACGAAGGCCCUCAGGUCGAAACGAGAAGUGUUUUUGUCUAUUUUAGGCAGUUGUUAUACCACAUUCGAUGCUAAGUUAUUUGAAGACGCUGCCACGCUACACUCUGGUUAUAUUGGGUCAAGGAACGUUUUAGUUUUUCUUGCAAAAAUCCAUUCACGCCAAGCUUGCCUUUCGUUUUGUAAAUUUACCGCGUUUCAAAAAUUCUGAAGAGAUCCACAUUAUUCUUCGUUAAUAUCAAACGACACAGCUAUCAUUCUCCCACUCUUCGCAAUCCUAACAGAAUUCCAUGUAACAUUUGAUUAGAGACAUCGUGACAGUGAAACUAAAGGAAAGCCUUGCGCAACUAUUUUAGAAAAUUUGGUUUUCGAAAAGUAUAGGUUUCGGAAUUUGAAAAUGUCAUACUGACAUCACAGUAGUUGAAAUUUAUGAUCUGGUUGCACUUUCGAGGAAACAGCCAAAACGUGACGACUUGUAGAUUGCACUUGGAACAAAAUACUGGAUUUUUAUGUUGUAAGGAAGUCAAAGUAAUUAGUGACGUAAGGCUGUGGGAAGCACCUCUAAACAACGAGCAUUUUGAAAUUCCACCAUAAUUUGUACAUAUAUAAGCGUUAAUCACGUUCGUAUGGAGAGUUAUAUAUUAUAUCUAUAUAUGUAAAUUUAUUGAUAUACAUUUAGAAUAAAUUAUGAAGAUAUAUAUUGAUUGACUUGGACAUCAGUUGACACAAAUAAAUUACUAAAAUAA